GCAAAAUGGCCGUGUGAUUCUUUCGUUGAAUAGACGUAAGUUUGUGAGUAUAAACGUUACUUUGAUUGAAACACUAGAAAAGUAUUCGCGUUCAUUUAAACAAUAAAAUGACCGCGAUACCUGGUACUGUGGCCUUUGACGAAUAUGGACGGCCUUUCAUCAUUCUUCGGGAUCAGGAGAAACAAAAACGUUUAACCGGUAUUGAUGCAAUUAAGUCACAUAUUUUGGCAGCCCGCAAUGUGGCCAACAUUCUUAGAACCUCCUUGGGACCUAAAGGUCUUGAUAAGUUGAUGGUGAGCUCUGAUGGAGAUGUUACCGUGACAAAUGAUGGAGCAACCAUUCUGAAGAACAUGGAUGUGGACCAUGAAAUUGCCAAAUUGAUGGUUCAGUUAUCUCAAUCUCAAGAUGACGAGAUUGGAGAUGGUACUACUGGAGUAGUAGUGCUAGCUGGUGCCCUUUUGGAACAAGCAGAACAAUUGUUAGAUAAAGGAAUUCAUCCAAUUAGAAUAGCAGAUGGUUUUGAAAUGGCAGCAAAGUGUGCAACGGAUCACUUGAAAGAGAUUGUAGAUGAUUUUGAAGGCAGCACAGAAAAUUUAGAGCCAUAUAUUAAAAUUGCUAUGACUAGUCUUGGUUCAAAAAUCAUCAACAAGUGUCAUAGACAAAUGGCUGAAAUAGCUGUGAAUGCUGUAUUUGCAGUAUUAGAUCCUGUUUCACGCGACGUGAAUUUUGAACUGAUAAAGGUAGAAGGGAAAGUUGGUGGUAGAUUAGAAGAUACUGUCUUAGUUCGUGGUGUUGUAAUUGACAAGGACUUCAGUCAUCCUCAAAUGCCUAAGAGGUUGGAGGAUGUUAAAUUGGCAAUUUUGACCUGCCCGUUUGAACCACCCAAGCCAAAAACGAAACAUAAGUUGGAUGUUACUUCCGUUGACGACUACAGAGCGUUGCGCGAUUACGAGCGGGAGAAGUUCACGGAAAUGGUGAAAAGGAUUAAGGAUGCUGGUGCGACACUCGCCAUUUGUCAAUGGGGAUUUGAUGAUGAAGCCAAUCAUCUUCUCCUUCAAAAUCAGUUACCUGCAGUCAGAUGGGUUGGUGGCCCAGAAAUUGAGCUAAUUGCCAUUGCCACCGGUGGUCGCAUUGUUCCACGUUUUGAAGAGUUGACUCCAGAGAAACUUGGCCAUGCAGGCAUCGUCAGGGAACUAACUUUCGGUACAACUAAAGAUCGAAUGCUUGUCAUCGAAGAAUGCAAGAACUCUCGGGCGGUCACCAUCUUCAUCCGUGGUGGAAAUAAGAUGAUCAUUGAAGAGGCGAAACGAGCUAUUCAUGAUGCCUUGUGCACAGUUCGCAAUGUCAUCACGAACCAGAAGAUUUUAUAUGGUGGCGGCGCUGCCGAAAUUUCUUGUGCUCUCGCAUGCGCGGAUCAAGCAAAUAAGAUCAGUACUUUGGAACAGUACGCGUUCCGUGCAUUCGCAGAAGCCUUGGAAGCUGUUCCUAUGGCUCUUGCUGAAAAUUCCGGUCUUUCUCCCGUAGACACCUUGACCACAAUAAAAGCUCGCCAGUUUCUCGAGAAUAAUCCCUGCCUUGGUAUCGACUGUUUGAAUCGUGGCACUGCAGAUAUGAAAGUGCAAAAUGUUGUCGAAACAUUAACGAGCAAAACGCAACAAAUUUUAUUAGCCACGCAAUUGGUAAAGAUGAUACUUAAAAUCGAUGAUAUACGCUCGCCAAAUGAUGCCGGUGACGCAGCCUAAAUUUUUUGUAAUUCUUCUACAUUGAAUUAUUGUAUGAAGAGAAUCAAUUAUAUAUUUAAUUAUACCUCACCUUUUUUGCUUCGAUCAGCUUCAUUCACAUUUCUAACGAAUAACUGCGUUCAAUUUAGUUAACGUUCUGUCAUUGAAUUAUAAUUUAUACGAUAAUAUUGUGAUACAAUGCAAAUAAAAUGUUUUACUUUUAAUAAACGUUCUUCAUGUUUCUUUGAGGUUAUGUUCAUAGCGGUAUUAUAGGUUGAGUCAUAAAUAGUUGAGAGGUAAGAAUUUCCAUCAACGAUCUUUCGUUUAUUUUUCAUUGUAGGAACAAAUAAAUUUUUGUCACAUCGAGUCAAGGUAUAAUCAUGUAAACGGGUUAUUGUUUCUGUACACUCCGGGUUAUGGGAAUUUCGUUUUCGAAAAGUUUUACAGGUAUGCAUCCGUGAAGCGUGAACGUAAAUGCAGAUCAACGUAGGAAACAGAAUUUGGUUAAAUUCUACUAAUAAAAUGGCACAGAAUACAAUCGCUUGUACAUACAUAUAAAUUAUAUUAUAAUAACAAUAUA